UAAUGCAGCUCCAGAUUUCUAAUCCCAGCCCCAUUUUAGCCCGAGGGAAUUCCGUCCCUCCCCCACCUGCUGAGCACCGUAGACCUGGCACAGGACAGGCUGUUCCACAAUGGAUGGGGGAGAUGGUACUGCCGACCUCGUGAUUAACAAGAGGUUUGUGUCUGAAGCGGAGCUAGAGGAGCGACGAAAGAGAAGGCAAGAGGAAUGGGAAAAGGUCCGAAAACCUGAAGAUCCGGAAGAAUGCCCAGAGGAGGCAUAUGACCCACGUUCAUUGUAUGAAAGACUUCAGGAACAGAGAGAAAAGAAGCAGCAGGAGUUUGAGGAGCAGUUUAAAUUCAAAAAUAUGGUAAGAGGCUUAGAUGAAGAUGAGACAAAUUUCCUUGAUGAGGUUUCUCGGCAGCAAGAGCUAAUAGAAAAGCAGCGAAGAGAAGAAGAGAUGAAAGAACUAAAUGAAUACAGAAGCACUCUCACCAAAGUGGGAGUCAGUAUGGACCCAAAGAAGGAAGCUGAGAAGAAAUUGCCCAUGAAGUCAGUGGAAAACAAGAACAAAUUCUCUCAGGCAAAGCUGUUGGCAGGAGCUGUGAAACACAGAAGUUCAGAUGGUGGGAAUAGUGUGAAGAGGUUGAAAUUAGAUACUGAUCAUGAAGAAAAGAACCAAGAAAAACCGUCCUGUGUUCCCCUGGGGAGCAGCUCAGUGGGAGGCUCCACGGUCCACUGUCCCUCAGCAGCAGUCUGCAUUGGGAUCCUGCCUGGCCUGGGCGCAUACUCGGGCAGCAGCGAUUCGGAGUCCAGCUCGGAUAGCGAAGGCACUAUUAAUUCCACUGGAAAGAUCGUCUCUUCUGUCUUUCGUAGCAACAGUUUCUUUGAUGGCCCAUAACAAAAUCCCUCCGUGUGUUAUGUAGUGCAGAGUAUCUUCCAAAGCCCUGAUGGAUGCUUGAUGCAUCCUUCUGCCCCAGAUAUAAUAUUUCUAGCUAACCUCUCAACUUUAAUACAUUCAGAUACUUCUGAAAUAACUCAUUGAAUUUAUUUUUUGUUAUAUAUUUUUUUUUCUUCCCCAACUUUCCAUUUCUGGGGUUAAUACUGAGCCUGAGGUAGAAAGGCUGCCACCCUAAACCAGAAGGCACACCUAGUAAUGCAAUUAAGGUCUGGGAGUAGGGAGGAGAGCGCCUUAUCUUUUAAAAUUCUUAUGGAAGGAAAUAAUUCUGAUGGUCUAAGAAGUUUAUACAAGACUAACAGGCAAAAAAAAUACUCACUUGAAGCACCGAAGUCUUGUAGAAACAGCCAUGUGUUCUGUUCUUAAAAUGUCAUUUUUAUUCUGUAUUUGAGAAAUGGGGGCAGAACAAAAAUCAAGCAGAUGGUGAAGUGUAGAUUGCCAUGACACUGUAAAGAAGUUUUCGUGUUACAUGAUUAAAGACAUUCUGAAUGCA